AUGAAACGGUCAAAGGAGAAAUCCAGUCCUAGUCCUACAUUCCCUCCCUUAAACCCAUAUUCAGUUGCACGAUGGUCUGGCGCUACCGACUCGGAAACUGAAGAAGAAGCAAGGCUACGGCUUCAAGCUAUGCAAGAUGCCAUUAAUGUUUCUAGAGGGAUAGACAUCAUGCUGCAGGAGAGUAAAAGGGACAUGGAAAGACGAAGGAAAGGUGUUAAAAUAUUGCUACUAGGUCAAUCGGAGUCUGGAAAGAGUUCCGUCUUGAAGAAUUUUCAAUUGGCUUUUGCUCCAAGGCAUUUUGAAAGUGAACGACCCAUUUGGAAAAUUGUUAUUCAACUUAAUAUUAUUGGCUCGAUAAAAACCAUUCUUGAAGCUCUGCGGGAAGAGUACGAACCCAAUGGCCAGGUGACGACACCUAUUGACAUUUCGCCUAAUUCACCUUUGCGGACUCUCAGAAGAAUGACCCUCGGUCUUUCUCCCCUUUUUUUCAUUGAGACAAAUCUCUUGAAAAUUUUAUCUCCCGAAUCCACUGACUCACGGGACAUGUCGGUGCGCGCGGGGAAUGGAUGGAAAGCGUUGCUCAAAGCUAGACGGGAUCCCUUUGCUUCAGGUGACCAUCACUCUACGCGAAGGCGAUCUCAAGCUUUGUUGGGACAAGAAAACGACCCAUCCUCGGUGCUCCUGGGCCAACGGGAUGAUAUAAUCUCAUUAUGGCAGAACCCAGAGACGCAGGAAAUUUUACACAGAAGGCGCCCACUUUUCCGUGACCAACCAGGAUUUUUCAUGGACGAUAUCGCAAGAAUCAUCACUCCUGAUUACGUUCCAACCGAUCGUGAUAUUAUCCGAGCACGACUACGCACAACUGGCAUUGAAGAGUAUCGAUUUGUUGCUGAGAAUCCUGGUGGUCUGAAUUCGGACUUUUAUAUCACUGACGUUGGAGGAUCACGGAGUCAGCGGGCAUCUUGGGCACCUUUCUUUGACGACGUCCAAGCUAUUCUAUUUCUUGCCCCUCUUGCAUUUAACCAAAUGCUUGAUGAGGACCGCAGAGUCAACAGGCUGGAGGACAGCUUAUGGCUAUGGAAGGAUAUCUGCAGUAACCGGUUGUUGCAGAACGCCAAUUUGAUACUCUUCUUUAAUAAGAGAGAUGUUCUCGCUGCCACUCUUGCAGCCGGUGUCAAAGUAAAGAAAUUUGUACCGACGUACGGCGACCUUCCUAAUGAUGUUCCCCACGUCACCAAAUACUUCAAAGAGAAGUUCCGUUUCUCCCAUAAGAGAUUCUCCCCCGACGCACGUCCUUUCAUAUGUCAUGAGACAUCGGCCAUUGACAUCAAAGCCAUGACGGUCCUCCUGACUGGUGUUCGCGAGGCUAUCUUGCGCCAACACUUACGCAAUGGAGAUAUGCUCUGA